UUUGCACCGACCAACACCCUCAACUGUAACACACCUAACCUCCAACCCUGAUUAACUGAUAAGCUGAUAACAGCCGUUCUAUUAUUUUUUUUUAUAGAAAUAAUCACAGAAAAUGAGCAAAUUCAUCGAAAAAAGAGCAUCAAGAGUUACCUCUUGGGAUGCAUUUUUGUUGGAUGAAGAGUUAUUGAAUAUCCUGAAGUCUCAAGUUCAAGCAGCUCUAAAGUACUUUCCACCAUGGAUUGUUGACCGGCUGGAAACAAAAACCAAUAUCAUCUUAAAUCUAAUUAUAUGGAAGAUGUCUGUCUUGCAGUCUCAGAGCACAUUCGGCCAACAGAUGCUAAGUCUAAAGUACUCGCAGGGAACAUUCUCGACCCACAAAGGAUAUGCCCUCUUAAUUCUUCAAAUGCUCAAUGACUUCUGGAGGUUAAAGAUAGAGCGAAUAUCAAACCAUUUUCCUCACGUCAAACAAUUUGUACAUUGGGUGGACGUCACUAUGGAUGUUCUCAGAUUGACCAAUUUUCUAGUGUUCCUGCGAAAUGGAGACUAUCCCACACUGACCAACCGAUUACUUGGUCUCAAAAUCGUCUCUGUUGCGCGCAGUCCUCGAAUGAUAGGAUACAAUUACAUGACCAGAGAACUACUGUGGCAUGGUUUCAUUGAAAUGCUUGGAUUUGCAUUGCCUCUAAUAAAUUAUCAGUACUUCAGAAAGAAACUUCUUCAAGUGAUCUCAAAACCCUCGACAAGUACCAGAGAAUCUGCAUCUUUCUCCACCAGGUCGAAAUGUGCAUUUUGCAACGAAACUCCUAUUUUGCCAGUUCAUAUCAAUUGUUCUCACAUAUUUUGUUACUAUUGUUUAGAGUCGAACAGGAUGAUUGACAUGAAGUAUGAAUGUCCUGUAUGCUUCCGUUCACAAGAAUCAGCCACUCGAGUUACAAGCGAAGAUUCUAAGACAGAUGGAAUCAGCUGAUACUAAAGUAAACAGAACCGAGAUGUGGUUUCCAGAUUAUUCUAACUAUCUUUAAAGGUUUUUGUCGCCAAAGAUUGAAUCUCGGACACUUUCAUCUACCUAUAUUACAGUGAGAUAUGAAGCACUUUUUCCAUGACCACUUCUCUUGAGACGCUCACAAAUUUUGGCAGCCCUGGAUCAACCAGACCAGCGGGGCAGGAGGAUGUCAACCUGACAGAAUUGAGUGACUCAUUGCGUCCCUCAUAUCAAGCAGUGGAAACAUCAAAUAAGCAAGCAGCGGGGAGGAUUAUACACAAAAAUUAACACAAAAUUGACGCUUAAAAUUUUACCAAAAUUCUUGUGGUUUGCAUCAGAAAAUGGUGUUUCCUGUGGAGGGCAAUUUAUUGUCAUGGGACAGCAAAUAUGAGCUUUCCUAAUGAUCUAUGAAGAGGUAUGGAAGAUGAUCGUUGGGAGCAGUCAGAGUACGGUGGUGUUGCUGUCGCUCGGGGUUUUUGGUGGUGCUGGGGCCAGCUCUCAUCCCUGGGAAAACACUACUAGUGGGGCCUAAACUCCCAAAGUCACCUUUGAUGUGAUGAAAAUGUUCUUUUUUUCUUCUUUUUUGUUUUGUUGAAGUUUUGAAACCUUGAAGUUUUUUAAUAAUAUGUUACAAACAGUAA